GGGAAACCCACACACGCCACGCACGUGCAGGAUGACCCGGAAAACCUGCGAGUAGGUCUGAAUUCCGCACUCGAGAGCGUGCACUCCGUUCCCCUCAUCCUCGGUUUAAUUUUGAUUGUUUUUAACGAGGCAAAUGACACUGAGGGAGGAGACUGAGUCAGGCGUUUAAGAAUCGUUCAGCUGCUCAACUCUUAUCUCGCCCAGAAACACCACAAGCUGCUACACGAACAAGAACACCAAAACCAAUUUAAUUUAAUUGAAAAAGUUUUCAUCUUUUUUCUUUUCUUUCUUUUUUUGUUUGAUAAACCUAUCGAAAAUAUCGAAAUGGAUCGAAAAGCUCUCGACUUCGACCUCAAGGCCUUGCUUUCCUACGCCUCCGCUAACGUCACUGGCUUUCCUCCCUCUCCCUCUAAUUUCACAAUCUCGAAGUUUGGGCAUGGGCAAUCGAAUCCGACGUAUAAGCUGGAGGUGGGUUCGGGGGCUUCGCUGAAACGCUACGUUUUGAGAAAGAAGCCUGCGGGGAAGUUGCUCCCGUCUGCUCAUGCCGUCGAGAGGGAGUUCCAGGUUCUUCAGGCAUUGGGUACUCAUACACUGGUUCCGGUUCCUAAGGUGUUCUGUUUGUGUACCGACCCAAGCGUGAUUGGAACACCCUUUUACAUCAUGGAGUUUUUGGAAGGACGCAUUUUUCUCGACCCCAAGCUACCGGGUGUAGCACCUGAGAAGAGGAGGGCACUUUACCAAGCAACUGCAAAAGCUUUAGCAUCCCUACAUUCUGCUGAUGUUGAUACCAUUGGUCUAGGAAAAUAUGGGCACCGUGACAACUAUUGUAAACGGCAGGUAGAGAGGUGGGCAAAGCAAUAUAUUGCCUCAACUGGUGAGGGCAAGCCCAAGAGGAAUCCAAAGAUGUUUGAGCUGAUUGAUUGGUUACAGCAGCACAUUCCUCUUGAAGAUUCUUCAGGAGCUGCAGCAGGCUUAGUUCAUGGGGACUUUCGCAUUGAUAAUCUUGUGUUUCAUCCUAUUGAGGAUCGAGUCAUUGGCAUUCUUGACUGGGAAUUGUCUACUCUGGGAAACCAAAUGUGUGAUGUUGCGUACAGCUCUUUGCCUUACAACGUGGACCUUGGGGUUGAACAUGGUGAAGGUUUGGAACAGACCGGGGUUCCAGAAGGGAUUCCGUCUCAGGCACAGUAUGUGGCAGAAUACUGCUCUUCAUCUGGAAAGCCAUGGCCAUCUUCGGAGUGGAAGUUCUAUAUUGCCUUUUCUUUAUUUCGCGGAGCAUCAAUUUAUGCAGGAAUAUAUAGUAGAUGGAUCAUGGGUAAUGCUUCAGGAGGAGAGAGUGCCCAGCAUGCAGGGGAAAGAGCUAAUUUCAUUAUAGACUUUGCAUGGGAAUUUAUUAGACGAGAAUCUGUGCUUCCCAAGCAUCCUCCAUCAGACUACUUGAAAAGAUCUGGACACGAAAGUGAAGAUCAAGUAUUUUCAAAAGGGGGAGGGAAGUUUGUCCCCGGUAAAAGGGUUUUGGAAUUGAGAAACAGGUUGUUAAAGUUCCUGGAAGAUCACAUAUAUCCCAUCGAAAAGGAAUUCUACAAACUUGCUGAGUCUACCUCACGUUGGACAGUCCAUCCAGAGGAGGAGAGGUUAAAGGAGCUAGCAAAGAAAGAAGGCCUAUGGAACUUAUGGAUACCU